AUGUCGAUUGAGGAGGGAGAUAUGCAAAACUCCAUUGGAAUGGCGGAGAUCGAAGGAGAAAUUGGAGAUAAGGAGGCUCAAGCAUUGCUCAACGAAGAAGGAGAAGCCAAAAGUCAGGGAGGUGGGCUGGACAGUGGCUCGAUGGGCGCGCAGGCCAGCAGGGGAGCUGCCCAGGCCACCACUUGUGCAGCCCAGGCCUUUAGGCGAGCAGCCCCUAUGACGGACGACAGUGCUGUCCACACAGUGGAACAGUGGAGAGAGUUGGUCAACCAGCCGAGCAGCUUGGGCGAGCAUGGUGAAGGGUUGGUCGCCCCUUUGGGCACUGGUCUGGUGAAUCUAGGAGACCAGGGAGCUGUAUAG